AUGAGAAAUCAUGUACUAGCUGCAUCCUUUUCUAUGCUCUCCCUGCUGGCGCUAAUGGGAGAUACAGACAGCAAAACAGAGAGCUCAUUCAUGAUGGACUCGGAUCCUCGACGCUGCAUGAGGCACCACUAUGUUGAUUCUAUCAGUCACCCGCUAUACAAGUGUAGCUCCAAGAUGGUACUCCUGGCCCGGUGUGAGGGACACUGCAGCCAGGCGUCACGGUCUGAGCCCUUGGUCUCCUUCAGCACUGUCCUCAAGCAGCCCUUCCGCUCCUCCUGUCACUGCUGCCGGCCCCAGACGUCCAAGCUGAAGGCACUGCGGCUGCGCUGCUCAGGGGGCAUGCGACUCACGGCCACCUACCGGUACAUCCUCUCCUGUCACUGUGAGGAGUGCAGCUCCUGA